UCCGACUCAGUUUCUGACGGAUCAUGCUAACAGAAGGUUGAUCACUUAAGUAAAUCCCAAGGAAUAUUGCCAGCAUAUCAAUUGGAACAGCAUGCAAUAUAUUGCGCUAUUGGCGAUUUGCCUUUUGGCUAAUGCACCUCGUGCCGUGCUCGCGGCGUCAAAGUAUAUAACGGACGAGGACUUGGCCAAGUGUCCCAAGGAUGCCGCGCAGGUGGGAGAUUGUAUCAAGAUCCUUAUGAAUGAGCUGAUACCACGCAUGCGACUUGGUGAUCCCGAGCUGAACAUUGAGCCCUACGAUCCUCUAGUCAUAAAUCGCCUAAGUUUCCUGUACUCAACUGGACCGAUCGAUGGUAAGAUUUCGGUUAAAAAUGUUAAGAUCUACGGCUUCGCCGAGCAAAAGGUCGACAAAGUGAAUAUUAAAGUCAAUGGGGAUAAGGUCAAGGUGCGAGUUCUCUCGAAUAUGAAAGAGAUAAAUAUGCUUGGCGAAUACAAGGGGGAAUUGAAUGUGAACUCGCUACAGCUGAAGCCCAAGGGUUUCUUCAAUGUAACACUUUUUGAUACAGCGUUUCGAGUGAUCGCGAAUGGCGACAUUUACACCAAGGAUGAUUUUCGAUACUUGCAUCUCAAUGAUAUCGAAAUAGAGCCAAAAAUUCGUGAUUUAAUCGUUAAAGCCAAUGGCAUCUUUCCGGAUCCUGAAUUGGACGAGCUAGCCGUGAAUAUAGCCAAUAGCUACUGGCGGGAUAUCUAUGCCAUUGUUCUGCCAGAGACACGACCAGCGUGGGCUCCUGUUGUGCUUCGCCAGAUCAAUCAGGCCCUGCUGCACGUGCCCAUCGACCAGUUCAUCCAGCCAUCCCAAUGAGAUUCGAGCCUUAGAGCACUUGUAUGU